UUAGUAGCGAACGCGUCCCUUCAGGCGCCGAGCCUGCGAGCUGUCGGAAGCACUCCAGCACUUCAUCAAAUGGGAAUUGUGGAUUACGCUCGUCCUUCUUGAGAUUUUUUCAUCAGAGAACCUACCGAUUAACGCGUUUUACUUCGUGCAGGGAGGGUCAGAGAGAUCGAGAAAACUUGAAGGUAACACGAUCAAGCAGCAGCCCAGUAGUAGAGCUCCGGUCGCCGGUCCUGGAUGUAUUGUCGGGUGAUGUUGUAGGUGUUCGGACAUCUCCGUGACGAUCAGGAGUUCCAGCAAGACUCUUGCUCCUGCUGUGAUAUUUGGAUAUCAGCUCCCUGCCGUGGAUUAACGCGCGUGUGUGUGGAUCGUUGUGGAUUAACGCGCGUGUGUGUGGAUCGUUGUGGAUUAACGUGUGUGGAUCGUUGUGGAUUAAGGUGUGUGUGGAUCGUUGUGGACUUGCGUGAUGCUCGUGGCCAUGCGGCGGCCGGCUGCGGUCAUCUCUCGGCCCGCUGGGCGCGUGUAGGAGCCUGGAUGGGAGCGCGGCGCGCCAGCAGCCGAGGAUUGUGGGUAAGAUGAGCGGGCUGGCGGAGCCGCAGUGCGCCGCGUGGAUCCUGGAGGCCAUCGGCAAGAUCCGGCGGCAGAAGCAGCGUCCGUCUGAGGAGCGCAUCGCUCACGCGCUGAGCGCCGCACACGGCCUGGACCGCCUCACAGCACAGCGCCACCUAGAGCUGGCCGUGCGCAACGGCACCGUGCUGCGCGUCACCAGCAAGGGCUGCACCUCCUACAAGGACCCCGGGGGGGGCCGCGGGGGGGCGAGAGCCUCCACAGUCACCAUGGCGACAGCAACCACCCCGCCGGGGGGGAGGGGGGGUCGGACCCCCGUGUCUCGUGCGCCCGUGGGCUCCGUUCCCACCCCUGCCCCCGCCUCCAGGCCGGAGCGGAGCGUUGCCGUGGCGUCCAGGCCGGAGCGCAGCGUUGCCGUGGCGUCCAGGCCGGAGCGGAGCGUUGCCGUGGCGUCCAGAGCGGGGGGCGUGGCCGACCUGCGGCAGGUGGACUGGCGGCAGCUGCUGCUGCGGGUGCAGGAGGGGCUCUCGUCACUCUCGAGGGGUUCCGGCGUGUCUCUGCGCUGCAUGGAGCGCUUCCUGCGGGCGCAGCCGGACCUCGCCAGCGUGGUGGCCAACCCGCGCUUCCCCCACCGCCUCCGCCUCGCCGCCAAGCGCCAGGUCUCCACCGGCCGCCUGCUGAAGCACGGCCCGCGCUACCGCCUCAGCCCUGCGGGGGGCGCCCUGGCCACAGGGGCACUCAGGAGCAGCACGAGCCUCCCACCCGUCACCCUCCUGCCCCACGAGAGCACUCAGGUGCGGGCUGACCCCAUCCCCAUCUGCAGCUUCUGUCUGGGCACCAGAGAGUCCAACCGAGACAAGAGGCCCGAGGAGCUACUGUCCUGCGCUGACUGUGGAAGCAGUGGUCACCCGUCCUGCCUGAAGUUCUCAGCUGCACUGACGGCCCAUGUGAGGGUGUUGCCAUGGCAAUGCAUCGAGUGUAAGACGUGCAGCUCGUGUCAGGUCCAGGGGAAGAACGCUGACCAGAUGUUGUUCUGUGACUCCUGUGAUCGAGGCUUCCACAUGGAGUGCUGUGACCCCCCCAUCUCCAGAAUGCCAAAAGGUUUGUGGGUGUGUCAGGUGUGUAAGCCACAGGACUGGGGCGAGAGGAGUCUCCUACACAAGACUGCCGCUCAGAUCAAACGCCGCUAUGCAAGGCCUGGACGACCCCGCAAACAUCCACUCCCUGAUCCAGAGCGUCCUGAUUGGCCCAUUGCAUCUGAUGAUGGAGGAAUGACCUUUGACCCUCAGGCCUCCUCCCCUGCAGAUGACUCCACGACCUUUGCCCUUCCCACGUUCAACAAGAAGACCAAAUCCCUGAUCGACGGCCUGUCUCGCUUCUUCACCCCUUCCCCUGAGGGGCGGCGGCUUCGCGCAGACUCCUCCCAUCCAUCCCACAAGUCCAAGCGGGGAUCACGGGGGUCACGCCCAAAGAACCGCCAUUUGCACCCAAGACCCGCCUCGCAGCUUCCUCCGAUCGAUCGCAACGGCAGCUUUUCCCGCUGGCGUCUAAACCACACCCACUGCCAUCGAAACCCCUCCCACGCGCAGCCGCACGCGCCGGCGUCUCUGGAUGGCCUCCCCGGGAGCCUGCAGCACACACACACACUCUCUCACACACACACACACACACACUCUCACACACACUCACAUCCAGGCAGCCUGCAGCACACACACACACACUCCCACCCGGGCAGCCUGCAGCACACACACACACACUCCCACCCAGGCAGCCUGCAGCACACACACACACACUCCCACCCGGGCAGCCUGCAGUUGAAGGGGCUGUUUGACGGGCUGUCGCACAUCUACACGGCUCAGAGCGCCGGCCGCAGGAAAGCCCCGCCCACUUACGCACCGCCCAAGCGCUCACGCCAUCACCGCUGGCAACCGCACAGGGGCGGAGUCACACUUGGAGCCGUGGUCAUGGCCGGAGUGGCGCAGGGCUUCCCGCAUGCUGAUUGGCCACUGAAGAGGAAAAGGGGCCGUCCCUUUAAGAACCCCCCGCCCUUCCUGAUGACGCAGCGGUUGCCGGGGCAACGCCCACUGGACACCCCACCACGCAGAGGCCGACCACCAGGAGUGAAGACCGCUCACGAUAAACCUAAUAUCCGAAAGGUGAAGAGAGCGUUAAAGGGGGCGUGGCACCCCUCAGCCAAUCAGCACGUCACUAAGGAGGACCUACGGCUUUUCCAGCGGGUGCAGGAGAUCUCAAAACAGAAGACAGCACUUGUGAGCAGCGGUGACUCUGGUCACUCUCCGGCCCUCAUAGAACUCGGCAGAUAUGAGAUCAAGACCUGGUACUCCUCCCCCUACCCACCAGACUACUGCAGGUUGCCUAAGGUGUAUGUGUGUGAGUUCUGUCUGAAGUACAUGAAGAGUGCGAGUGCUCUGCAACACCACUGGCACAAGUGCGGCCGCUCCCAUCCCCCAGCCAAUGAGAUCUACCGCAGGGACCACCUGUCAGUGUUUGAGGUGGACGGGAACGUGAGUAAGAUCUACUGCCAGAACCUUUGCCUGCUGGCCAAGCUGUUCCUGGACCACAAGACGCUGUACUACGACGUGGAACCCUUCCUGUUCUACGUUCUCACACGGAACGACGCCAAGGGCUGCCACCUCGUGGGCUACUUUUCCAAGGAGAAGCAGAGCCAGCAGAAAUACAAUGUCUCGUGCAUCAUGGUCCUCCCACAGUACCAGAGACAGGGCUACGGCAGGUUCCUCAUCGACUUCAGUUACCUCCUGUCCCGUGUGGAGGGACGCGCGGGGUCUCCUGAGAAGCCUCUGUCGGAGCAGGGGCGUUCCGUCUACAAGGCCUACUGGAGGAGCUCCCUGCUGCGGGCCAUACUCAACCACAACCCCCCCACCGUGCCCCCCCCCACCACCACCACCCCCGGGACACUCCAGUCCCCAGACAACCACACGCAGUCCACUGACAAGGCAGACCAAUGUGGGGGUAGCCCCGCCCAGUGUGAGGAUAGCUCCGCCCAGUGUGAGGAUAGCCCCGCCCCGUGUGAGGAUGGCUCUGCUCAGUGUGGGGGGGGUGUGGCCAGUUUGGGGCUCUCCAUUAAAGCCCUCAGCAGUCUGACUGGCAUGUGCCCCCAUGACAUCACACACACCCUGCAGGAGAUGAACAUGAUCCGGAUACAGGAUGGACGGUGUGUGAUUAUCCGGCGGCGGCAGCUGCUGCAGCAGUAUGAGGGCCGUGUGCGUGAGCGGCUGCCGGGUCCUGAAGUGGACGCCUCCUGUCUGCAGUGGAGUCCAUCAGCGCCGCUCUACUGGGGCCCGCUGGAACUGCACCGGACUGGACAGAUGAAGGCCAGUGGUCCUCGUGCGUUGCCUGCCUUGAGGCGCUACCCGCUCACUAAGUGCCCCGGCACCAACCGACACACUUGGCACACACAGUCCGCCACACACGUCCACUCGCCCCAGUCCUCUUCAUCAAGCAGCGAGGAGGAAGAGGAGGACAAGGACUUCCUGAGAUCACAGACACACGGUCUGAAGAGAAAGCACGAGGUUGGGCCUAAGAGGAGGCGUGGCCGUCGGAGGAAACGCAUCAACAGCAGCGUAACCACGGAGACCAUUCUGGAGCGGACGGAGGUCCUGAAGGAGCCGCUGGACUACUCUGUGGACGAGGCGGAGAGCACAGCAGGGUGCAGUGAGGAAGAGGAGGAGAGCAGGAGAACCAAGAGCCACACGUAUGUCCGCAGAGGCAGGAAGAAGCAGAGCAUCGUCACCGACGGCAACACUCACAUACAGAUAGAUGCUACCCUAAAUAGCAUCAAAGGCUUGCCGGGGCGUCGGCCAGGGCGCAGGAAGAAGGGUUGGCCCAAGGGGGUGAAGCGUGGCCCCCCCAAAUGGAGGCAGCAGCGUGAGGGGGCCUCAGGCUUCAAGCUCAACCUCUACACCCCCCCCGAAACCCCCCUGCACCCCACCCCGCGCCUGGAGGAGGGGGAAGAGGAGGAAGAGGAGACGAAGAUGAUCCCCAGAAUGGAGCGGACACCCUGCAGGCAAAGUCCCGAGGAGCCGAUGGAGGAGGAGGAGAAGAGGAGGAGGAAGGUGAGGAGGAAGAGCUCAUUCUCCCAGGACUCCCCGUGCCACACGCCACAACCCCACCAGGAACCAGACGACUCGUCCAGCAAACUCCACAGAACGGAGCACGAGCAGCACGAGCAGCACGAGCAGGAGGAGUGUGAGCGGCCAGAGCAGCAGCCGAGCCCCAGAGCGCUGGAGGAUGAAGACGAGGGAGCACAGGCUGUGCGUGAGGAAGAGGAGGAGGAUGAAGACGAGGGAGCACAGGCUGUGCGUGAGGAAGAGGAGGAGGAUGAAGAUGGGGGUCCAGGUGCAGUGGAGGACCAUGAUGCAGAUGACGAGGACGACGGGCACACUGUGCGGAAGACCGAGGAGAAGAUUCCAGAGUGUUCUGAGGCCCCGCCCCCUCAUCCUGCCGAGCGUGACGAAGAGUGGCGCAGCGCUCCUCUUCCUCCCUCCCCCCAGAUGCCCCUUCAGCCUCCCCAGCCAAUCAGCUGCAUCCUCCAGGACACGCCUCCUCAACCCUCCCAACCAAUCAGCUGCAUCCUCCAGGACACGCCUCCUCAAUCCUCCCAGCCAAUCAGCUGCAUCCUCCAGGACACGCCUCCUCAACCCUCCCAGCCAAUCAGAUGCAUCCUCCAGGACACGCCUCCUCAAUCCUCCCAGCCAAUCAGCUGCAUCCUCCAGGACACGCCUCCUCAACCCUCCCAGCCAAUCAGCUCCAUCCUUCAGGACACACCCCCUCAGCCUCCCCAGCCAAUCAGCUCCAUCCUUCAGGACACGCCUCCUCAACCCUCCCAGCCAAUCAGCUGCAUCCUUCAGGACACGCCUCCUCAGCCCUCCCAGCCAAUCAGCUGCAUCCUCCAGGACGCGACGCAUGGCGACGGUGAAUCUGACCAGCAGGAGGCGUGGGACUCGGAUGGGGAGGCCCAGCACACCCCCCCGCCCCAGACGCCGACCCUUAAACCCGACCCCCCCGACCCCCCCCUCUGCCCCGAGCUGGACACGGAGACGGCCGCCGCUGUGCGCUCACUUACCCACGAGGCCGAGCUUGAGCCCGACCCCCGCGACCUUGAGCCCGACCCCCGCGACCUUGAGCCCGACCCCCCGUACUCCGCACUGCUGGAGCUCCGUUACCCCCCCGUGCCCCCUGUUGCCCCACGUGCUCCGGAGAACAGCCCCCUGGCAACACCCCCCGACGACGGCCGUGGCUCCUCCCACAGCAGCCCACUCUCCUCUGCCCCCUCCUCCCACCCCAGCCAAUCGGUGCGCUCGGUGAGCAGCCCGUCCCACCCCAGCCAAUCGGUGCGCUCGGUGAGCAGCCCGUCCCACCCCAGCCAAUCGGUGCGCUCGGUGAGCAGUCCGGCCGUGUCGGUGAUUCUGGAGAGCGGCGGCGGGACUUUGGUCCAGAUGGGCGUCCAGGAGCAGCACCAGCACCAACCACAGGGGGCGCUACUGUGUGCGACGUCGUCCUCGUCGUUGUCAGGCUCGUUGUCAGGCCCGUCGUCAGGCGCGGCGUUGGAGACCAGAGGCGGCAGCAGCCCGGUGCUGGACGGAGCUUCCGGUUCCGGUUCCGGUUCCGACCCGGCGGGGCCCGUGGCGCUGGACAGCGGCUUCAGUGACCUGGGCAGCAUCGAGAGCAGCAGCGAGAACUACGAGAACCCGAGCAGCUACGACUCGUCGCUGUCGCAGGGCAGCUGCUCGUUCGGGAGCGGCGGUGGCGCGGGAUUGGUCAGCAGCGGAAGCUGUGCUGUGUCACAGCAGAUCGCGGCAGCCAAUGGCGUGGUCAACGGGACGGCCAUGACUCCUCCCACAUGCCUCACGCCGACGCCCUCAAGCUGCGGCAGCAGUGGACGCCAAACCCCACACCCUCACACACACCCUCACACACACGCACACACACACCCACACACACACCACCCUCAGUACCACACCUACAACCUCCAGCAGCACCCACGCCACCACACACACGCGCACCUGCACACACACCCACACACACACACACACACACACCAGCUCCAGGAGCUCCAGCCUGCGCAGCUCCAACGCAAACACUCGCACUCACACCCUCAAACACACACACUCCCACACACACACACACUCCCGCAACAGGCGCUGUCCCACUGCCCUAACCCCCCCGCCCCCCCCAGCAGCCUGGGUCUGUACGAGCGCGUGGGCGGGGGCCAGGUGGUUGCCGGGGGCAACGUGGGUCUCUAUGAGCGCGUGGGCGGGGGCCAGGUGGUUGCCGGGGGCAACGUGGGUCUGUACGAGCGCGUGGGCGGGGGUCAGGUGGUUGCCGGGGGCAACAUGGGGCACCACCAUCACUACGCCCCCCAACCCUCCGCCACCUUCAGCCUGGCCAAGCUGCAGCAGCUCACCAACACUCUGAUGGAGCAGCAGCUGCAGCCGUACGCACACACACACACACACAGCCGCGCUCACACACACACACACACACACCCCCACGCCCUGGGCUCGUACCCCACCCCCCCCACCCUCAUGCCCCUGCCCUCUCAACCGCACCCCCCCUCCACCCCCACUCCUGCCCCCAGCCCUCAGACGCAGACCACCAUGACGCCCCCCCCCCCCAUGACCCCUCCCCCAGCUCCCAUGAUGCACCAGCGGAACACUGCCACGGCCAGCAUGGGUCUGCAUGCGCGAGCCUCUUCCUCCUCUUCCUCCUCUUCCUCCUCUUCCUCCUCUUCCUCUCAGAGACUGCAGGUCCAGAUGUCGUCCUCCGCCAAGAGCCUCCAUCAUGCGCCGCACACACACACACACACACACCCAGCGCACGCUCAUGCACGCUCCCACCCUCUCACACACACACACCCUCACUCACACACACACCACCCCAUGUCGCUGCACUCCAAGUCCGCUCACACACACGCGCUGCAGCAGCAGGUGUUCGCUCACUCUGACCACACGCAGGCCGUCGCCAUGCCAACCCCUGGCCCCUCCCAGCUGCUGCUGCCGUCCGGCGGCUACGGCGUCAAUCACGCCAUCAACUCGUACCGCGUCACACCCUCGCCGCUCAUCAACGCCGGCUACCAUGGCAACCCCGCCUACAUCAACCAGGCCGCGGCGGCAGGAGGCGGGCCGCCCCAGUACUCUGUGCAGAUGAGCAUGAUGGGUAAUCAGCCGCCGAGCAUGAUGGGUAAUGUGCAGAUGAGCAUGAUGGGUAGUCAGCCGCCACCCAUGCAGGCUCCCGCCGCCCACGGCAACAUGAUGUACGCGCCCGCUGGUCACCAUGGUUACAUGAACUCGGGCGUGGCCAAACAGACGCUCAACGCACCAUACAUGAGGAGAUAGCCCACUGGUCACCAUGGUUACAUGAGGAGAUAGCCCACUGGUCAUGUUACCUGAUAGGACAUCGGGUGACACUGUGUGUGUGUAUAGUGCGCUGUGUGUGUCUGUGUGUCUGUGUGUGUCUGUGUGUGUGUGUGUGUGUGUGUGUGUGUGUAUGUGUGCGCUGUGUGUGUGUGUGUGUGUGUAUGUGUGUGCGCUGUGUGUGUGUGUGUGUGUGUGUGUGUGUGUGUGUGUGUGUGUACGCGUGUGUGUGCCCGCGUGCUCACAUCAGGGCCGUGAGAUCUGUUAGGAUAUGACGUGACGUCUGUUCCCCUCAUGUUGUUUUAAGUGUACUCAUGUUGUUUUAAGUGUACUCAGAAUAAUUACCUGUUUGGUUCUGUUCUGUUUGGUUCUGUUCUGUUUGGUUAUUUUAUUGACUGUUUUCUGAGAAUCCAGCACUUAGAAAGAAUACAAGAAAAUGGUUUUAUGGCAGACGUUGAACACGAGGCCUUACCUUACACACUGAGAUGACACCUGUCUUCGUGAUGAUGUCAUCACUGGGCGCCAACAAGGAACCAUCUUGACAGCGCCACACAUGUGAUGUGUUUCCUGUGAAGCGCCCUGAUGCGUUUCCUGUGAUGCGUUUCCUGUGAAGCGCUCUGAUGCGUUUCCUGUGUGUCCAUAUGAGGGCUGAUCUGCAUGGCCUUCAGACGACGUGUGUAUAUGCGGAGACCUGCCUUCAAACUCACUAAAUUAUUGUAAAUGUACGUUCUAUUUUUGUACCUGUAAAGUCCCGAGUCCAGUUGCAUGCUCUCUCCUGUGGGCACGCCAGCCCUUUUCUAGCCAAUGGAAUGGUCUCGUGGAGGGCAGGAGAAGAAUAUAUUUUUGUUAAUUUUAAUCCAGUAAUAUACAAAAAAACCCAUUUAAUCUGGUUUCUUGUGUUCCAGCUUUGAAGACUUUAUUGCUAAUGAUGUAAAAAAUACUUUUUAACAAAAUGUUCUUACUUGAGGCAGCUUUCUGUUUUUUAUACAAAUGCAAAGUAACCAGUCUGAAGUGUUUGCUGGUGUUUAGAACCACACAGUUGAUCUGCACACGCACACACACACUUGCUCUCACUCGCACACAAACAUACAUACACACACACACUGACACACAGACAUACACACACACAAGCCAGCAGAAACACAAGCUCUCUGUUCUGGUUUGCGCGUAGAGCUUCCGUUGUGGCUGCUGAAGCAGCCGUAUGAGGAGCAGGAGGUUGACCCUUGACCCUUGACCCCUGACCUGGCCUGUCUGUAGUCACUCCAGCCACAUGCUGUACAUGUGUAGCCCUCAUUAAACGAUGAACCACUUUCAGACUCAA